GAGACUUCUGCAUUGUUUCUGAAGGUCCGAGCAGCCGUCCAGGUAUCGAUCAUAAAUCAGGACUACGACAUAGCCCUUCAGUAUCUCAACGAUUACUCGGCCAUCGUCAGCUUUUCCUCGCAGCCGAAAGACCACGCCCAUUUGAGAGACAAUGCCUACCUCGAGUUCUUGUUCUACCAGUUUGUUGUCAACGUUUACCUGACUAUAUUCCCGUCAAAUGAUCCUUUGAAGUACAAGGACUCCAACGACACGGGAAGCUUCAAGUCCUUGGAUGGUAUAUACAAGAAAAUUGCGUUUUACCACAAUAGAAACGAGUCACUAUUAGCAUCCUGCCCUCCAGAAGAACCCAUAGAAUCCGAUGAUGAAACUAGUGACGAGGUAUGCACGGAAUUGAAGUUUUACUGGCUUUCUAAGAUCUUAAAUCUUGUGGUUCAGUUCAAGAGGCUCGAUUUUGAGGAUUUCUACAAGGAUUUUAUAUCUAUUUUACUUGCAUCUGACAAGUCCAUGAAGUUCUUUGUCAAUGAGUUGGGUGUUUUGAAGUCACGCAUACUAUCGAUGUUUUGCAUUGUGAUUAUCUUCCUCAAACCUUUCAAGGAUUUGUCCUUGCUUGAUAUCGACAAACUGGACCUAAUAAUCAACUUGUACACUUCGGACGAGCAGUGUUACGAAUAUGAAUUGUACAAUCAAAUCUUGGUCCCUUUACUGCAGUCCAACUUUGCAUUGGUCAAAGCCAAUUUGACCUUGAACGAAGGGUUUCUCAAUAGAUUCUCUGCCGAAUUGGGGUUCAGUGUGCCUGUUUCGCUUACGGAAAGCUCUCAAUUCCCUAAAGCUUUCCUCCAGUACGUGAGCUCCAUUAUUGACUACAAGAAUUGCUUAUUGAUAUUCUCGGUUAUCAAGCAAAUACCUCGUUUGAAGUUAAUGAAGCUCUUAGGUUACAAUCUUCAAGAAACCAGCGAGCAGAAAAUAAUAGAAAUCAACGAGCAAAUUCUACUUCUUAUUUCCAGUCUUGGGCUAGGUAAAAUCGGGAUUGGCUACCAAUUUGAUCAAGAUAUAUACUACAAUAAUGGAUCCAGGAGAGAAUUGGAUGCAGAAGAGUUGCAGGAUGGAUUGGACGAGCUAACCAACGAGUUGAGGGCCGAGAGUAUAGCCAAAAUGAUGAAGGGUGUGCUUCUAGAAAAG